CUGAACAAACAAUACCGCUUUGACAGCUUCCAUGGCUUCAACAUUUACUACCACGCCCUAGACUUAUUCAACAUGUCCUUGAUAAACUCGGUCCUCGGCUCGUUCUCACCACCGCCUUCAAAGUUCCGGAAGUCCUUCGAGGACCCACACACACGCGACCAUGAGCUGCCUUUCUACAACUCUCGACCACCACCGCGCAUACCACCACCAGUAACUUCGUCACUGAUCUGGAGCGCUCCGAAAGCCAGCAUCUCGCCUGUACCACGUGUACCAGACGAUGUGCUCACGUUGCAACGACGCGCUCGCUAUCUCGAGCAGCAGCUCCAAGAGCUACUCGAUGCGCAGGCAGACGGCUUGAUGAAUGGUCUCGGCGGCAACGACGCUAUCCCUGAUGAUUUGGUGUCGAACGGUAGCACCACUCCGACUGUCAGCAGUGUCCGGUCUGCGGAUAAGAACCAAGACAAUGGCGAAGACCAGCGCAAACUUCUUAAGAGGAAGGUGGGCCUCAGUACCGCCAGACGAGGGAUCUUCAGGCGUAUUCAGCAGCUCGCAAGCAUCAAAGCUGAGGAGUUGAACAUGUUGGACGAAGGGCUGAGGGAUCUGCAAUACAAUGUGGAGAAGACUGAGACUUGGACACAGAAGCGUGCGCGCUUGGCAACGAAGAUUCAGAGUAUUGAGGGCGAGGAUGCUGGCACAAAGACACAAGCUCUUCAGACCGAAGCUUCUAAGCUGGAGCAAGACAUCAGGCAGAAGGAAGAGGAGCUGUGGGCGCUGAAGCGGCGGCAACGGCGAGUUCUGGACGAGCUCGCAGAAACUGAGAAUUCCAAAGAAGCGAAGCUCUCGUCAUAUAAGACUUCACUCUCUAUGCUGGACAAAGAGGUAUUGAGCUUCCUCGCGCGCCCCACGAAUUCGAACCACACACCACUCUCUUCCUCGCCGUUCCCUGCCCUUCCUCCGAAGCGUCGAACACUUGAAAUGGCGCACGAGUACUGGCAGGAUGAAUACACAAGGCUAGCAGAGAAGUGUGAGGAGGUUGACGUCGAGCGUGCUGCACUCGAAGAAGGCUCACUACUGUGGAACGACACAGUGAAGAUGGUGGCCAACUACGAAGCAAGCCUACAGCGGUAUAUGCACAAAGUGAGCAAGAGCGGUGCAGCAGAUCCCAAACGUCUGCUGGAUCAGAUGGAUGCUACAAUCACUUUCCUGGGCGAAAAGUUAGAGUAUGCUUCCUCCAGAAGUUGGAACCUUCUUAUGUGUGCCAUUGGAGCCGAGCUUGAGGCGUUCCAGCAAGGUCGAGACCUCCUACAUGAAGCGCUCGGAGUGAAGCAAAAGGGCAACGAGAAGGCUACCAGUUCACUGGUAGGACUCGAGGACUUCAAGCCUCCACCAGAAGAGGAGAUGACAGGGUCGGCGAUCAGGAUUGGACGUUCGCCGCCAGAGGCUGCACUAACCAAACCAAGCUUGUUCCAGACCGACGACUCGAAUGAUGACCCUGAUCCUGAACUUAUGAUUUCCCACCAGGAUACUGAUACGGAUUGAGACAUUGUUGUACGACCAUGGGCAUUUGAGGUACUUGAGCGAGGUGUUUGGGCGUUUGAAUAUUCCAUCAUGAGCAGUGGACAGAAUUGUAGCUCAGCAGUCUAGAAUGAAGCGUUCCAGGUUUCACAAGCCGAC